AUGGCCUUUUGUACAGUGGGGCUUGACCUGAUCGGUCCAAUGCCCCAAGGAAAAGGGCAGGUUAAGUACGUAGUGGUAGCUGUGGACUAUUUCACCAAGUGGGUAGAAGUCAAAGCCCCGGCGAUCAUCGCUGCAGCAAGGAUAGAGGAUUUUGUUUGGACCCAUAUAUGCUAUCGAUUUGGUAUCCCAUGCGCAAUUAUCACUGACAAUGUCAAGCAAUUUGAUUCGGACCUUUUUAGACAAUUCUGCAAUCACCUCAAAAUCAAUCUAUUCUUUGCCUCACCAACCCAUCCUCAGUAA